GGACGUGGACGAGAGCGGCCACUCGCCGACCUUCCCGCACCUCAAGGGGCUCCGCAACGGUGAUCUCGGGAACUCCAAGACCAAGCAGCUCGCGUCUGGGAGGUUCGGCGUGACGCCGCAGUACCUGGUCAGCGCCGAGCAGCUGGAGAUCAAGCUCGCGCAGGGGGCGAAGCCCGGGGAGGGCGGGCAGCUGCCGGGGCCCAAGGUGUCCGCCUACAUCGCCUCGCUCCGCAACAGCGUCGCGGGCGUCGAGCUCAUCUCGCCGCCGCCCCACCACGACAUCUACGGCAUCGAGGACCUCGCGCAGCUCAUCUACGAUCUGCACCACAUCUGCCCGGACGCCAAGGUCUCCGUGAAGCUGGUGGCCACGGCCGGCAUCGGCACCGUCGCCGCGGGCGUGGCGAAGGCCACCGGGGGAAUCUUCCAG